AUGGCAUACCACCCUUUUAUCUUUCGUGGCUUGAAAUCUAUUACCCCACAAGACCCUCAGCAACGUUCGCUCAUCCAACUUAUCCAAAAUAAAAUCAGUGUUUAUUCGCCUCAUACGGCUGUUGACAGUGCCAAAGGAGGAGUCAAUGACUUUUUGGCCCGUGGUAUCUCUCUGGGAUCUCAAUUAGCCUCGAAAGAUAUCAUACAGCCAGAUUCUCAAGACCCAGAAUGUGGCAUGGGAAGACUCAUUCGAUUUGAGUCGCCGGUUGGUUUAGAACAAUUGGUGGAAAACGUGAAAAAGAGUCUUGGAUUGAAGUAUGUUCAGGUUGCUUUAGGGGCUGGAAAAGACAAAAACCAUAAAAUUUCAGCCGUCGCUAUCUGCGCCGGUUCCGGAGGAUCGGUUUUCCGCGGAGUGGAAGCAGACCUUUACUUUACCGGCGAGCUUUCUCAUCACGAAGCAUUGUACUUUAAGGAACAAGGCUCUUCAGUAAUUGCAUGCAACCACUCCAAUACCGAGCGUGCUUUUCUUGCUGAUCUUAAAACUCAAUUGCAACUGGAACUUCCUUCGGCUACAAUCUCCAUCAGCCAGUGCGAUAAAGAUCCCUACGAGACAUGGUAA